UUGUUUUGUUUAUUUGUGUCUACUUCCUAUCAGUCACAGCUCCGGUGUGUUCUCCAUCUGCUCCAGCGGUAACUCAACUGAAACAUUUGUUUUCAUUUUUCUGCACCAGUUUGCAUUAUUCCGCUAACUUUUCCAAACAAGUCAUUGAAGCAUUAAGGGGACUUGCCGACUGGUUUACCGGCCCGGAAGCCCCGGUUAACGCGGUUUAUUCUGUUAGCCUGGCGUUCUGUAGAAUUUGUUUUAGCCCACAGAGCCUGCGCUCAUCAUGGCAAGUGAGAACGUGGGGAACGGUGACUCUGGACCUGUAGCGGAAUCUAACGAGCAUGAUUACGCCCACACCGAGAACAGUGAAUUUGCACCUCCAGAGGUGUCCACCUCUGAUACACAUCCCGAACCUGAGCAGAACGUUCCGGGACAACCUUCCUCCCCACUGCCGAUAGAGCUUCCUGAGUCGGUCGUGGGUGCAGAGGUGGACUGUCACGAUGGGAAUUAUGUAGAGACGCAGGCCGGAGGUAACCCCACUUUAGAUUCUGAACAUGUUGUUGCCGAGUGCCCCGACGUGCCACGGCGUGGCCCGCGGCGUCCCAAGCGGCCGGAGGACUCGAGCUGCUCCGCCUGCAAGAAACCGUUUCAGCGGCAAGGACGCUCCUUCAACCGGAGGGCGGUGUUCACUUUCACCAACCCGGAGACCGUGCUGUGGGUCUUCCCUGACUCUGUGGUGAACGAAAAGUCCUUCCUGUGUGAGACCUGCGCCCAGGUCAUCAGGGCCAAAGGAAAACGUAGACAGAGCGGGAAGAGGUGCAUGUGGAUAAAGCCGCCUGCGCCUAACAAGGUGAAAGACAAGAUGGUGACGGGCUGCAGAAUGGGGAAGAAGAGCCGAGCAGUGCAGCUGUUCAGCAGGUCGCGCUACAAGGCUGCUCUUACCAUGCUCUGGUCGGCCAAAGGUGCCCGGAAGCCCAUGAUGGAUUUCUUCAGUAAACAGUUGAACAUGGAGAUCAAGGCGAUGUCGCGGCAGUCAGACAGUCCCUUCCACCAGAAGGUGUCGGGCAGGAAGCCGCUGUCAUCCUUCCCCUGGCAGCAGUGUCUGAGCUGGGCCCAGGAAAAGGCUCCACUCGUCACCACCUGCCUACGCUCGCUGUUCCCCGACAUCAACACUAUUUUCAGACGCAACCACCAGCUGACAGAGGAGCAGGCCAUUACGCUGUUGCAGCGCCGCAUUGUGGUGGCGCUCUCCAUCCCUCUCUUCAGCAGAAACAUCUGGAGGAACAACUUCCUGCAGGCUGCUCUGGGGGCGGAGCUUCGGCAGCAGGGCUGCUCCGGCUCCGCCAUCGACACCCUCAACACCAUGGGGCUGAGUCAGAACAAAGACACCGUCAGGCUGCUGGUGAACAGACUGCGAAACGGCAAAGAAAUGGAUGAAGAGCAGGUGAUGAUGAUGAAACAAGAACAAAUGACAGCGCAGAUGGAAGAAGAGAUGACAGAUGUUGAAACUGGGGAGGAGGAAGAAGAGGAGGAGGAUGAAGAAGAGGUGGAGGAGGACGAAGAAGAAGAGGAGAAAGGGGAAGAAGAGGAAGAAAUGGUGAUGGCAAUAGAGGAGGAGGUGGAACAGGAGGAAGUGCAAGAUGGUGUUCAGGAGGAAGAAGAGGAUCAUAUUGUGAAUGAAAAAGUAGAGGAGAAGAAGAAGAGGAAGAAGGCAAAGAAAGAGAGGAAGCAGGAGAAGAGGAAGGAGAGAGGGAAACGAAAGGCAAAGAAGCGGGGGGAGGAUGAAGAGGGGUUGGAGCAGAAGAAGAGGAAGGUGGUGGUGGUGAGGCUCGGCUUGUUGAAGGGACACUCAGAGGUGGGACGAUCUGACCUAUCAGCUCCUUAGAAACUUUGCAGGCUCCGCCCCUGACCUCAUCCAGACCCACCAAUCAGAGAGAAGCACAGAGGUCCCGCCCUUUUCUGUGAGUUAGAGGCAUUAUGGGAGUUGUAGGAGAUCAAUAAUUGGAGCGAAACUGAUGAGUGCCUGAGUUUAAACGUUUAGUUUGAGAUCAGAAUGAUGAAACUGCUCCACGUCAGCUGAUUGAUAACAUUAUUGGUCCUGUCCUAAAAAACAGAAUUACCUUUCCAGCUCUCUACAUCUGGGUCACCUCAGCGUUGUUGUUCCUGAUGGGUGGCGGACAGGUUAUCAUUUUCUGAUUAUGUUCACAAAUCUCAAUGUGUUUCAGCCCUGGUUCAAACACAGCUUGUGACGACAGGGUUGUAUUUCCUGAUCUGCUGCUUCUCCAACACAAUAACCAAAGAGGUUGAAAGGUUGAGCUCAAGUACCAGGAUUUUCAUCGUUGGUCUUGAAAUGUUUGCUAGAAUAUUUCUAUUUCUUGUUUUUUGACUCAGUUGUGUAAUUUUUUUUUCUCCACUGCAAAUAAAAGUUGAUUACUUUUCGUU